CUGUCAUCGAGGACAAGCGACGCUUGAUACGUAUUUGUAUAUAAAAAUGGCGAAUGGCGAAUGAAAAUGUCACUACGUCUCACUCGUGUGCGGCAGGUGUGCGUUGCCUAGCCGGCUACUAAACUAGUCCACUGCCUGUCUCAUUACCGAUCAGCUGAUUGUUUCGUAAACAAAUCAAGUGAAAACUGUGAAAAUGAGCGGUGAAAAUAAUAACGCGUUUGACGCAUCACCGGAAGAUGGGAAGGUGGCGACUCUCAACGACAAGUCCCUUGUCAAUGAAGCGGAGGACAAAAAUCCUGAUAAAAAGGGUGAACCAGAGCGAGCAGUAUGGGGGAAUCAAAUUGAGUUCCUCAUGUCCUGUAUCGCCACCUCGGUCGGUCUCGGCAACGUGUGGCGAUUCCCCUUCAUCGCGUAUCAGAAUGGAGGCGGCGCCUUCCUUAUUCCUUACAUCAUCGUACUUUUACUCAUAGGAAAACCUAUGUACUACUUGGAGUGUGUCUUGGGACAAUUUAGCUCAAAGAACUCAGUCACCGUCUGGUCACUCUCACCAGCUAUGAAAGGUGCUGGUUACGCCACAGCUUUGGGUUGUGGAUACAUUCUGUCGUACUACGUGUCCAUUGUGGCACUUUGUCUAUACUACUUGGCCAUGAGCUUCCUACCGACUCUACCAUGGAGUGUUUGUCAGGAUGACUGGGACGACUGCCUGCCCUCAGAUCCAGACCAACCUGUGGGAAACCUUACGGAAGACGCUUCAAGUAGCGCUGAGUUAUACUUUAUUAAGACCGUGCUGCAGCAAAAAGAUGGCAUUGAAGGUGGACUCGGUCUCCCUAUCUGGUACCUGACGGUGUGUCUGUUCGGUUCUUGGUUUAUCAUCUUCGUGAUUGUGUCCCGAGGUGUAAAGAGUUCCGGUAAAGCUGCAUACUUCUUGGCUCUCUUCCCCUACGUUGUGAUGCUCAUUUUGCUUAUAACCACCUCUACUCUGCCCGGAGCCGGUACUGGUAUUCUUUUCUUCCUGACGCCACAGUGGGACAAACUUAUAGAGCUUGAUGUGUGGUACGCUGCCGUGACCCAAGUGUUCUUCUCCUUGUCAGUGUGCACCGGUGCCAUCAUUAUGUUCUCUUCUUACAAUGGCUUCAGACAAAACGUUUACAGAGACGCAAUGAUUGUCACGACUUUGGACACUUUCACUAGUUUACUGUCCGGUUUUACGAUCUUCGGUAUCCUGGGUAACUUGGCGCACGAGUUGAACACCGAAGUCGCAAAUGUCACUGGUUCUGCAGGAACUGGACUUGCCUUCAUUUCUUACCCUGACGCGAUCUCCAAAACUUUCCAGCCACAGUUAUUCGCAGUGCUGUUCUUCUUGAUGAUGACGGUUCUGGGUAUCGGGUCAGCAGUAGCCUUACUUUCCACCAUCAACACUGUGAUGUUGGACGCGUUCCCUCGCAUCAAGACUGUCUACAUGUCUGCCUUCUGUUGCACUAUUGGAUUUGGCAUCGGUCUCAUUUAUGUUACACCUGGUGGCCAGUACAUCCUUGAAUUGGUGGAUCACUUCGGUGGAACCUUCCUUAUUCUCUUCUGUGCUAUUUCCGAAAUUAUUGGAGUGUUCUGGAUUUACGGUUUGGAGAACCUAUGCCUGGAUAUUGAGUACAUGUUGGGUGCUAAAACUUCAUUCUACUGGAGAUUAUGUUGGGGUGUUAUUAUGCCUGCCAUGAUGAUAGUCGUGUUCGUAUACGCGUUGGCUACUUCUGAAACUCUUAAAUUCGGUGAAGACUAUUACUACCCAACGGCUGGAUAUGUGGCCGGAUACAUGAUGCUGUUCGUCGGUGUAGCAUUCACGGCCAAGCGGUCCUUCCGCCCCAAGGAAUCAUGGGGACCUCGUGAGGAAUUCGAACGCCUCAACUGGAUCGAGUUCAGAAAAGAAGCAGAAGCUGCGAGAGCUCAGAUAAGAACGUCUUGGUUCCAACAUAUCCGAUACAGUCUCUUCGGCGGCUACAGAAGAUAAUUAUUAUUACCAACCUCCAAACUUUAGCUCUAGAACUAACUAUAGAUGUAAUGUAGUAAUAGUGACUUACCAUGUACCUUACACCUAUGUGAUGACGCUGUCAUCGACUUAGUUUACCAACAAUUGCCAAAAUACUUAUUUAUAUUUUUAUUAAAUUAUUAAAUACUUAUCUUAAUGUCAGGGUAUUUAUUAAGUUAAUGUUGUAAACCUUUUGUAUUAUAUGAAAAAAUAUAUUUUUUAUGAAAGAUAUA